AUGGCUUCAGAAAGAUGUGAAGAUGCAAUAACGGAAGCAGAGAAUAAUGGAACCUCUCAAGCAUCUUCCAAAUCAAUUCAAAAGUCCCCCAGACCCAACGCAUGUACCGUAACACCAUUUGUUACCGAAUUAAUGUCAAACUCACGAUCCAAACGCCCCAACUCUUUCCCAACAUCCUCUCCUCCUCCAAAAAAGAUCGCAAAUUCAAAUCCCUUCUUCCCUGGUAGUGCAGGUCUAGGGGUCUAUCUAUCGGAUCCAUCAUCACACCCUGCCUCACGCGUCAUCUAUCAUACCCCUUUAUUUGUAGCAAUCCAUGAUUUAUACCCCAAAUCCUCAGUUCACACCCUUCUCAUUCCACGAGAGGAGAAAUGGUAUAAUAUGCAUCCUAUAGCCGCAUUAUCCAACCCCGAGUUUCUCGAGAUGGUAAGACCGGAAGCAGAAAAGUUGAAAGGGAUAGUUGCAUCGGAAUUACGCCGGAGAUAUGGAUCAGAAUCUGCACAAGAUAUGGAAAGGGAAAAGAUACUCAGUGGAGAAGUCAAUCUAGAAGAUGAUGCUGAAAUGCCAGAUGGUAGAGAUUGGAAGAGAGAUGUUAUGGUUGGAAUACAUAUGCAUCCAUCGAUGGAGCAUCUUCAUAUUCAUGUCUUGUCUGUGGAUCGUUAUUCUUCAUGUAUGAGGAAGAGGAAACAUUAUAGCUCAUUUGCUACACCAUUCUUUGUUAAUCUAUCCGAGUUUUCUCUGUCUGAGGAAAGGCAAGAAGCUUUAAGUAGAAGUGGCCAGGCUAAGGCAUGGUUACAGGGUGAUAUGAAAUGCUGGAGCUGUGGUUUGAAUUUUGGAAAUAAAUUUGCUAAGCUAAAGGAGCAUUUGGAGUUGGAAUUCAUUGAAUGGAAAAAGAAAUGA